AUGUCAAGUAACAACGAAAGAACCUUUAUUGCUAUUAAACCAGAUGGUGUUCAAAGAGGAUUAAUCUCUAAAAUCUUAGGUAGAUUUGAAGACAGAGGCUACAAGUUGAUUGGUAUCAAGUUAGUUACUCCAACUGAAAACUUAUUGAAACAACACUACGCUGAACAUGUUAAUAAAUCAUUUUUCCCUGGUAUGUUAAGUUAUAUGAUGAGCGGUCCAAUUUUGGCCACCGUUUGGGAGGGUAAAGAUGUUGUUAAACAAGGUAGAAAUAUCUUAGGUGCUACUAACCCAUUGAAUAGUGCUCCAGGUACCAUUAGAGGUGAUUUUGCUAUUGAUAUGGGCAGAAAUGUUUGUCAUGGCUCUGAUUCUGUUGAAAGUGCUGAAAGAGAAAUCAAUUUAUGGUUUAAAAAGGAGGAAAUAAUUGACUGGAAAUUGACUUCUUUGAGUUGGAUCUAUGAAUAG